AAAGUCCUACACUAUUUUCUAGCAAGUAGUAGUAGUAGUAGUAGUAGUAGUAGUGGUAGUAGCUGAUGACUUCUUGAAGUAUAUCUUGGAUAGACAUAACCAAUUUACAAAAACUGAUAAUGUCUUCUCUUGGUGAAAACUCGAUUUUGGACGUUUCUGAAGUAGGCAUAUCCAUGCAACGUUUCGGAAAGUUCGAGUACAUCACUUUCAUAUCAAUGCUGGCGAUAUGUUUAUUGGUGGGACUGUAUUUUGGAAUUUGCAAAAAAUCACAAACAGCCCAAGAUUACUUGGUAGCUAGCAGAUCCAUGGGUGUGAUACCCAUAGCAAUGUCACUACUAGCAAGCUGGGUUAGUGGAAUAUCUCUGUUAGGGAUCCCCACAGAGAUCUACGUUUAUGGAAUCCAAUACAGCAAUAUUAUCGGAGGAUUUCUCAUCUCAACUUUAUUGAUGGCUUACAUAUAUCUUCCAGUGUUUCAAGGCCUACAACUGACUUCAACUUACGAGUACCACGAGAGGAGAUUCAAUAAGAAAGUGAGACUAUUUGGAUCAGUCUUGUUCACAAUCAAAAUGAUAUCAUGGUUACCUUUGGUUAUCUACGUUCCAGCUCUUGCUUUCAACCAAGUUACUGGUAUCAAUGUUCACCUUAUUACACCAAUUGUUUGUGUAUUUUGCAUCUUGUACACUUCGAUGGGUGGGAUGAAAGGGGUAGUAUGGACAGACGUUAUCCAAUUAAUAGUUAUGUUUGGGGCAUUGAUAUUAGUAGUGAUAAAAGGAACUAUUGAUGUUGGUGGAAUCAAAAAAGUCUUCCAAAGGAACUGGGAUAGUGAUAGAAUUGAACCGCCAAAUUUUGAUUUAGAUCCUAUGGCAAGGCAUACCAUUUGGGCUUUGGUGAUUGGAGGGACUUUUUACACCGUCCAAACCGCUGGUGUGAAUCAGAACAUGAUACAAAGAUAUCUGUCGCUACCUUCUCUAGAAGCAGGAAAGAGGGCUUUAUGGACAUUCUUUUUUGGUAUCAUAAUAUUGAUAGCACUCUGUACAUAUUGUGGACUUCUCAUAUACGCGACAUUCUAUAACUGUGAUCCUCUGACAACAACGUUAGCUCGGGAAAAGGAUCAACUCCUACCUCUCUUGGUGAUGGAAAUUUUGGGGGACAUUCCUGGUCUAGCGGGAAUAUUUUUAGCAGGAAUAUUCAGUGCAGCUCUCAGUUCGUUAUCAACAGCCCUUAAUGCGAUGGCAGCAAUAGUGCUCGAAGACUUCUAUAAACCAUUCUUCAAAAAGCAACUUAGCGAUAAAGAGGAGUCCUAUCUGAUGAAAUCUACUGUAGUCCUCACUGGUGCUGUAUGUAUUGGUCUAGUAUUUGUUGUGGAAAAACUAGGAGCAGUCCUUCAACUGAGUAUGAGCAUUGGUUCAAUCGCCAAUGGUCCUUCUCUAGGGGUAUCGACAAUGGGAAUUCUUCUACCAUGGGUUAAUUCAGAAGGUGCUCUGGUUGGCGGCAUAACAUCUCUAAUUUUCAUGUGUUGGCUAUGUUUGAAGACCCAGAGCCUAAUAACAUCUGGUGACUUGACUUUUGCAGAAAAAUCAGUAUCUACAUAUGGCUGUCACUACCAUUUCACACCAAGAAAUCUCAAUAACAUCACUCAUGCCGAUGAGCAGUUCAUGAUAUAUAGACUAUCAUAUCUUUGGUAUUGUCUUAUUGGUGUGCUGGUGUCGAUGGUGGUGGGUUUAUCGGUGAGUUUCCUGACGAAACCUACAGACCCAAGAGAUGUGGACCCAAAGCUAUUAGCACCUUUUGUGAGGAAGCUCAUCAAACCCAGACAAUAUCCCAAUCAACCAGAUGAUGGAAUAAUUUACGCUUUCGGAGCACCAAAUGAUGAAAACGUUGAAUCAAGUAGCAAUAUGAGAAACAAGGAGGUUAUACCUAUGAUGAAGACUUGCUAGCAAAAACAUUUUGUGAUUCGACAUAUUUUAAAUUUUUCAAAUUUCAUUCAUUGUUUAGAAUUACAUAAUUAUAAUGUUCACCCAUCCAUAUUACCGCUUCGAUUGCAUCGUUACUUGGUAUAAUUGAAUUUUUCUGAGGCACCAAUGAAUACUUCAAGAUACAUGUUCGAUUAUAA